AAAUAUUGCGCGCAAUUCUGCUGUUGCGUUACAGCUAUUCUGAUGGUGUUUCUAAUAGAAUGUAUCCUUCUCAUUACUCUAUGGAGUGGGGUCAGCUGCCUAGAGAUACCUCCACAUGGAACAUCAAAACUUCCAGUCAUAAAAGAUGAUCAAAUCAAAUCGACCAAGGAAGUUAAUUCAGCAUGGAAUUUGUUUUUAUCUGGAUUUUCGUCUUCAUUUUACGUUAUUAUAAUAUCUGAAAUUGGUGAUAAGACAUUUUUCAUCGCUGCUAUUAUGUCUAUGCAACAUCCACGAGCUUUAGUUUAUUGUGGAGCGAUGCUCGCUCUUAUCACCAUGACAAUGUUGUCGGCGUUACUUGGUUACGCAACAACAAUCAUCCCGCGAUUUGUAACCUUGUAUUUAUCCGGUGCUUUAUUUUUUAUAUUCGGCCUGAAAAUGCUCUACGAAGCAUAUACUAUGUCUUCCAGUACAGCCAAAGAAGAGUUCGAUGAAGUUCAUAUGCAACUCACACAGUCUAGAGCAGAUGAUAUAGAAACUGGUCGUUCAACUCCAGACUCUCCCCAGGGAUUUCCCUCCAAAUUACUUACGAUCACAAGAAACAUAUUUACUCCAAUCUUUGUGGAAGCUUUUGUGCUCACAUUUUUUGCAGAAUGGGGUGAUAGGUCUCAGAUAACUACAAUUGUUCUUGCAGCUACAAAGAGUGCUUUGGGUGUAAUCGUAGGUGGAGUUGUUGGUCAUGCUUUAUGCACAGGUUUAGCUGUCCUUAUGGGUCGUUUUGUUGCUCAACGCAUUCCUGUACAGUGGAUUACAUUUAUCGGAGGUGUGACAUUUAUAAUAUUUGCGUUCAGUGUAUUUUUUGGGAAUCCAGACACAAUGUCUUAACUUUGACGUUUGUAAUCAUCAGUUUUUUUUUAAAUAUAUAUAUAUAUAAUAACUUAUUUUCAGUUUGUAUUGGUUAAUAAUAUUUUUGAAGCACUUUGAAAUUGAUACUACUCACGGUAUAUUUGUGUUAUUUGUACAACUAUCCAAUUAUUCCUAAAAUUUCUUUCAUUUCAGAUAAAUUUAUUCUUUUUCCAUGUUUCUCAUAUUCUGUUUAUAAAUAAAAGGUCUCUUUAUCUAACUGAAUAUCAGAUAUUAUAUAACUGUGAUUACAUAAGAAACAGACAAUAAGCUGGGGUUUUUUUGCUUUCUGUACAUUCCUUUUAUAUCUAGUAUUCUAUGUACUUCUCUAUGUAAUUUCUUUCUGGUCAAUUCUUUAUUUUUUUUCUUCCUUCAGUGUAUCACAAUGGUAAUAUUUCUUAUACAUUAAUAUUCUUUAUGUAAAAUGAUCAGUUUAUUUUUCUCUACAAACUAUAUUUUAGUAAUGUCAAAGAUAUUUGAAGAAAGUAUUAGUAAAUCGAAUAAUAAACAAUGUAGUUUGUUGAAUAGAAAUUGACAUUGACAUUGUAUUUUCAUUGUGUUGUUUACAAGUUUAUUGUCAUUUUGUAUUGCUACUAACUAAAUAGAAAAUUUAAGAGAAAAAUAAAAUGAAAUUGUGUAAUAAAAUACAUACGUUAUGUAGUUUUAUGGAUUUUGAAAAUAAAUUCUUUUCUUUCUUUUUUUCUCAUAGAGACAUUGAAUGCUUUAAUCUCAAUCAGUAUUCAUAAUAUUUAAUUGAGUAUCCAGAUAAGAAAUUGUUUUAUUUAAAGGUUUAAGUAGAUUGUUAAUUGAUUUUUCGCGAUAAUCUAUCCUGUUGAUAAUAUGAACUCAUUUUUAAUGUUUGUAUAGAUAUGCAUCUAAUACAAUUAUUAGAUCUUGAACAAAACAAUGUAAUUUGAUAUGUCAGUAAUAAUAGAAGUGAAUACAGUGG